GGAAUCCAACAGAGAGAAAUCCUGCUCGACCUGAUUGGGAGAUCAGCUCGUAUAUAUUCGAGGCUCACAGCUAACAGAAGCUUUAAAUCUCUCCAGGAGUCGACUACAGGUGAACACACAGGUGUGCCAGAUUGAAUAUUUUAUUAUUUAAAGAUGUCUAUUUUACCCGACGAUGCGGUGUUUGCUGACUUCAGAAAGCAGUGUUUAUCUACCGACAACUGGAUCAACAGGUAUGAUAAGCAUGGGAUGCAAGUGUGGGUCGAAAGUGCUCCUACAAAUAAAGGAAAUAACGUCCCCAAAGUCCACAAGAUCAAGUGUAAAAUGACAAUCAAAGAUGUAUCAGCUGCCACCAUGUACGACGUCCUUCAUGACAGCUCUUACCGCAAGAAGUGGGACCCAGCCAUGUUGGACAGUUUUGACAUUGCUCGUCUCUCUGCUAACGCUGAUGUGGGCUACUACUCAUGGGUUUGUCCAAAGCCCAUAAAGAACAGAGAUGUGGUGAGUCUGCGUUCAUGGCAGGUGACGGAAGAAGAGUUCACCAUCAUGAACUUCUCAGUCAAACACCCGGAGUAUCCUCCUCGCCGCGACAUCGUGAGGGCCAUCUCCAUCCUCACCGGAUACCUGAUCAAGCCCACAGGACCAACCAGCUGCACUUUCAUUUACCUUUCACAAGCUGACCCCAAAGGUUCUCUUCCCAAGUGGGUGGUAAACCAAGGCUCUCAAGUUCUGGCUCCACGGGUGAUGAAGUGUGUACACAAGGCGGGACAGAACUACCCAGAGUGGAAAGCGCAGAACUCUCCUGACCUCAAGCCCUGGGUGAACCCGGAGCAGAACAUCCUGCCCAUGAUGGACCCCGGCGUGCUGUCGAUACAGAGAGCCAGCUCGCUGGAAAACGUGGACGAGAGCACCAAGGUGGCCGAUCAGCUGGAGAGCGAGGACAGCAGUUAGAUCGCAAUAAAGUGACGGGAAGAGGA